AUAUGUGUGUGAGUUCUUGAGUUCCCUACAAAACACGUCAGUGGGUGAUUUGUGAUAAAGGGCACGCGAUUGUGUGGUUUAUGGGACCUGCAAACCGGGAAACUUGGCAAUAUGCUAUUGGCGAGACUAUUUUUAUAUAAAGAGAGAUAUUCGGGCUGAUUUAAGAUGCUCCAACUUCGACUGCUAAGCUAAUAUCAGACAAGGUUUAUCUAGUGAAGUACUUCCUACUAACAUGAGUACCGGCAACCCUCUCUCGGACUCAGAAUCUGAGGACGGUGGAAUUAAGUUUAAGUUAUCCACUGCAAAGCCCACUCAUGAUGUUCACGAUGACUGGAUUAUGCCCCCACUUUUAGAGUACAUUAAUGCAAAUGUCAUUGGCUGGGACACAGUGUUUAAUGGACCCUAUGGCAAAAAGCAAGUGGUCUACUGUGAUUACACAGCAUCAGGAAAGCCCUUGCGGUUUAUUGAAGAUUACAUCCAGAAUUAUGUGUAUGCAUUCUAUGCCAACACUCACACCACAACCACUACAACUUCAAGACAAACUACCAAGUUUCGCAAUGAGGCAAGAGAGAUUAUCAAGAAGUGUGUGAAUGCCAGUGCUGAAGACAGGGUGAUAUUUGUCGGAAGUGGAACAACUAGUGCCAUCCACAAACUGAUCCAUGUGUUGGAACUAGAGGGCGAGAAGGCCAAGAAAACGGCCGUGUUUGUUGGCCCCUUUGAGCAUCACUCCAACAUAUUGCCAUGGAAAGAAACAGGUGCUAAGAUUGUUCGCAUCAGAGACAAUGAUCAUGGUACUGUUGAUAUGGCUAUGCUAGAACGUGAAUUUAAGAGACACAAGGAUUACACAAUAUUCACUGCGUUCUCUGCGGCAUCUAACGUAACAGGGAUAUUGACAGAUACCAAAGCUGUGAGUGAGAUGUGUCACAAGUAUGGUGGCUUGGCAUUCUGGGAUUUCGCAUCUGCUAGUCCGUACAUCACUAUCAACAUGAAUGCCACACUAACCGGGUAUAUGGACGCUGUUGUUCUUUCACCGCACAAGUUCGUUGGUGGGGUUGGAACUCCAGGUGUACUUAUCGCCAAAAAGUCAGUUUUCACCAACAAGAUCCCAGAUGGCUGUGGAGGUGGGACCGUGCUUUUUGUCACACGAGAUACCCAUCUAUACCUGAAAGACAUCGAGGCCCGUGAGGAAGGAGGCACGCCCGCCAUAGUAGAGUCCAUACGAGCGGGCAUGGUCUUCCAGCUGAAACAGAGCGUGGGACCUUCACUGAUUGAGCAACGAGAAGACGAGUUGUGCAGGAAAGCAUUUGAAGUGUGGAGAAAGAACUCGUGCCUUGAGAUCCUUGGGAGCGAUAAGGCACGCCGUUUGCCUAUCUUCUCGUUCAUCGUGUACCACAAGGACAGCGGAAAACUGCUGCAUCACAACUUCGUCUCCGUGCUUCUCAAUGACUUGUACGGUAUCCAGGCUAGAGGAGGGUGCGCAUGCGCAGGACCUUACGCAUGGGACCUCCUUGGCGUUAGCGAAUCUUUAGCGAAGCAGUUCAGCUGGUUCAUGGAAGAGCACCACGGUGAAAACGUCGAAGCCAAGUUGCAAGUUCCUUUGGAGAUAAUGAAGCCUGGAUUUGCUCGGAUCAACCUGCCGUACUUUAUGGAUGACGAGACAGUGCACUACGUUUUGGAGGCUGUAGAUAUGGUCGCUACCCAUGGUUGGAAGCUACUACCACAGUACCGAUGCGACCCUCAUACGGGGGCCUGGGAACACCGGAAGUAUAGCGGACAGGCUUCGAAAAAGUCCGAGCCUUACAGCUUGCAUGACGUCACGUAUGACGAUGACGGAAUCCACAUCGCUAGCAAGACGAGUGCCAGUUUGACCGAAUACCUUGACUUAGAGAAAAUGGCCAAAACUGCCAGCAAGGUGUUCGAAGAAGCUGCGGAGGUCAAUAAUGAAACAUCAACAGUAGAAGACGACGUUUUGCACUUCCGGGAUGACAAAGACAAACUAGUGUGGUUCCUUCAACCACAAGAAGCGCAGUUAUUCCUUGCCACGGAGUCACUUAAGUACAAACCAUUCCAGCGCACACCACUGCCCUUUAAACCCAGAAAACUUUCCAGGAACUACUCGAAGCAGGAUCUUCACCGGCGAAUGCAGUGGCAGAGAAGCAUCUCCGACAGUAUCCCUGAAGGUGACGAACACUGGUUGCGAAUGGAUGGAGCUCUACACGAUCUUAAAGUGGUGAACGAAGACGAAUCCAAGGAAAAAGAUCACGAACCCAACGCAAAAGACGACAAAAAGAAGCUAAAGACCAAGAAACAUUCAUUCAGAGUCUUCGGGCGGAAGCAGCAUUCAGUUGCGAUUGCGCAACCAGAAGACGAGGUGUUCCUUGAUAACAGGGGGGAGGACGUGUCCUCCUCAGAGACGACGGGUAAACGUGGCUGUAUCGUACAGUGAGGGAGCUGGAGUAGUGUGUGUAAGGAACACCCUUGAUGCACAGAUACCGUGAAUGUUUAGCUCCUGUUAUCAUAGUAAUGGUAGACCGUUUUUGGAGCUUUCUGGAUGACAAACCACCGGUUCACGAUGUACUCUGUAGUAUACGACGAAAAGAAACGAUUGUUGUGAUAAAGUUGGGGCAGUGUGCUUGUCGCGGUUACCAUGAACAUGACACCGUGAUACCACUGCAACGCGAUGCACCAUAUCUGGAGAUUUCCAGGCGCCCGUUUCUCGAAACACCCGAGAAUUCUCGGGCCCGAAAACUUUAGUUUGCAUUUUUGCCCAAAAUUCCGCAUGUUUUCCUUUUGGAGAACCCCUUUCAUGUUUUAAACAGUUUUAACUUCCAAUUGGUUCGUAUACCAAAUUGUUAUGCUCAAUAGGGCUAUUUUCGACGUUUUGCUGAAGCCAGAAAGUUAUCCGAAAAGUCUCGAGUGACUGCGAGGUCCCGAGAACUUUCUUAAUAUUUAAGCCUGUGAAUUUCGGGCCCGAGAAGUUCGGGAAAGGAUCAAAAUCUAUAAAGAAUCAUCUUUCGCAUGAAUCUUUUGGUAAAAUACGAUGUUUGACAAUAUUUCAACACAUUAUAUACCAUAAAUUUUAUAGCAAUUAGCCAGCUUUUCAAAUUUAAGGAAUAAAACGUUUUCGGGCCCGAGAAUUCUCGGGUGUUUCGAGAAACGAGCCCCUGGGAACAUUCCAUAUCUGGGUCUUGUCCCAAUCACCAUAUAACGAAGUUGGACGUUAUCCGCGAGCAAUGGGUUCAUAACCCUUUCUGGUUAUUAAGUGCCAGAUCGUCUGGGAUCUUCUUGGGUUGGGAAGGGACUUGCCUGAGCCGUAUCGGAUAACCCUGCACCAUGUUAGGACCAUUCCCGGUUGACUCUUGGUUGCCAAUACUAUGACCAUAUUUGGAGCUCGUAGAUUACCCUAGAUAAGUAUUUGGAUCAUGUUCGAGAGAGGGACUUUGCGAAAGUCCAGUUCGAGUAUCACCAGUUCAACUCAAUUGACAAGCUAGAAACGCCAUAACUGGUAAUUAUUCCAGAAUAAUAAGUGAGCCAACGAGCUUGGCAAAGCAAUGCUUCAGUGCAUAUCAGAACAGGAUGGAAUGCCCCUUGUUAUUAAGUUCGUGUAAAUCAAGACUGAUUCUUGCUUACUAAUUGAAUACAUUUCAUUGGUCACUGUAGCGCCGUAGCAGGGGAUGGGACACGAGCCCCCUUCCACAAAUUUUUUAAAAAAUUGGGCUGUGCCUCCACAUAUUUUCUUAAUGUUUUUGUAUAGUGCCCCUCCCCGUUGCCUGUUACGGCACUGACGUCACACUAUAAUCCUCGUAGUUGUCGAAGAAGCAAUAUUUCUUCACCAUAACUAGAACAGUUACAUGCAGUUCUUCAGACUAGGUAUGUUCCAGGAAGACUUUUCAGGAUUAGAUAUUAUCCAGUAUAUAGUAUAUGCUCAGAUGCCUACUGCUAAUAUAUUUUCAGAUGUCAAACAAGUGAAAUGUCAUUUGUUGUAAAAAUAAAAAAAUCUGUCUUCUA